AAUAUGGCCCCUCUCUCGAAAUCCCAUAAUCCGUCUUUCAUCUGAACGACCUCCAUCAACUGCAUCAACACUGGCUGCAGAAUGCGGACGCGCUGGUUUGUGGCUGAAGGGAGGGGUGGGUGGUGCUUUAAUCAGCACCAGUGUGACAGCGGCUAUACGACAUGAGCAUUUGUAGAUAUGCAAGGGCUGUUAAUUGACCACUAUCCGCCAUUACUUGGGCCUAUUUUCUUCCGCGGACUAAUCUGCACGGCGCUGAGGUCUUCUUCCCUUUAUGGCGAUGCAACAAACAAGGUAGUAAGGAAAUUGACAAAUUAUUCCUUUGCCGACGACCACGAUGCAGGUAUCUUCGCACACCGACACCCCCAUUACUAGUGGAGGACAGCUGAUAACUUCUGUUGGAAUUAAUGGAAGUCACACUUCUAACCAGGUAGCGUAUGCAAAUGCGCCGAAACAGUUAAUUUUAGAGAACGUUGAUCCAGCAAGUUUAGAAGAAGAGGAUUCGGAUUCCGAUGGGGCAGAUGGAGCGUUUGUAUCUCAAGUUCACCAACAAAUGCAACUUACACCCGGUAUGCAAAACAUGGCACCCGUUCUCGCUGGACCUAAGCCUGGAAAAAAGACGAAAGGCAGGGUGAAAAUUAAGAUGGAAUUCAUUGAAAACAAAUUAAGGAGAUACACAACGUUCAGUAAGAGAAAAACAGGAAUCAUGAAAAAGGCCUAUGAGUUGUCAACUCUGACGGGGACCCAGGUGAUGCUUCUCGUGGCCAGUGAAACUGGUCAUGUCUACACCUUCGCCACCAGGAAACUCCAACCCAUGAUUACAAGUGAGAGUGGCAAGGCACUCAUACAAACGUGCCUCAACUCACCUGACCCCCCUCCCUUCAGCCCCGGACAACAACAGGCUGUAGAGCAGAGAAUGAACCCCUCAGGCUUUGAAGAGACUGAAUUGACAUGCACAGUUGGGGAGGAAGACUCAAAGGCUGGUAUCCAGGUGAUCCAGGAAGGUCUGGCUAAGCAGCCCAUGUACCAGGUGUCCUCAGGUGUGGUCCAGGCUGACCAGUCCACCUUCCAGACCAGUCAGCCAACUGCCGUGUCCUCCCAGUCAGUACAGCUAGCCACAACACAACCCACAGUCACAAGUUAUGUCCAGCAGGCCAACACAGGGCACACUGUCACCGUGUCACAAGCACCACCCUCAUCCAAAGCAGCCACUGCAACCGCCGCAGCAACCAACAUCUCAAUGCAGAUUCCUGCUGGACUUAUCCUCCCUGGUACCCCCAUCACUAUUCCUAUACAGCAGGGUCACCAGGCUGUGGUAACAACCCAGCAACAACAGCAACAACAACAUCACCAGACAGUGUAUAGGAUACCCUCAAGUCAGCUCGUCUCAGUUGCAAGUAGUCAGUUAAAUACAAGUAGCAGUGAUACAUCCCAAUCACCUGUUUCAUCAGUGUCAAGCACUCCCUCCAACAUCACCAUGGUAUCUGCAGAUGGGCUACUUCCAGGCUCGGCAUCAAUGAGUGGCAAUGCAAUGACCCCCGGGAUUGUGAUGUACCAGACACCCCAGGGUGUGGUGUAUGCCACGCCCACUGCCACAUUACAGGACCGGGGGACCAUCUUCAACUUCCAGCAGCCUGCCACAGCCAUAUCCAUGCAGCAACAGGACCAGCAAGUUGGAAGUGGAACUCAGCAGAUCAUUACAAUUCCAGUCCCAGUGUCACUUGCAAAUUCAGGACAGGUGUUCCACCUUACAACAGCUCACCAAGAGGCAGUGGAGGUGGCGCCCCCUCCUGUGAAGAAAACACGCAAAUGAAGGGGGAGAGAAUAUGGCAUGUCACACAUUGGACAGCAUCCUGUGCGGCCUCAGAGUCCUGUGUUUGGUUCCCUCGUGAGGGAGAUGAGCUCCAGAUGUCUAUCACAUUUCAUCACUCUUGGUGCUGUAGGAAUGACGACAGACCAUGAUGUGCAAUGGUUUCUGAUAUGGUGCCUGAUGUGGCCUCUUACCCGGUGAUACCCACUCCUGCAUCUGUAACCUUCAUAACAUCCAUUGGACCAGGAUUGUUGUUAUGGGAUCCAUGAGGGAUUUUCAUUUUCCAAAGAUUUCAUAUCUACCUGAAUGGUUUAGACCCGGAGGUACUGUUCAGAUGAAAGAAAUCAUGAAAAAUAGAUUUCAUUUGCAAAAGUGUGUGAUGUUGCAUUUGAAACUGUUUGUGGUGUAUGUUUCAUGAAACUACCGGAAUUCUGGUCAGUCUAGGAUGUAUCCGUUGUCAAUCCUUUUGAGACAGCUGACCUCGAAGGCAGCCCUGAAGGGAUUGGUUAGAGUUACGUUGAAUGAUGCCAUCACAGCAUUCAGUGCAUGAGCCCAUUUAGAGUUGUCUCCCUUAAAGCUAGACAUGUGUGAAGGGGUCUCAGGCUGAGAGUUGAUAUAAUUAUACCCCUAUCCGGGAUAGUGCUUUCAUUGCUUGCCAAAAUACAUAUUGUUAUUUGUCAAGUUUGUACUAACUAUGAACAUUGUUAUGUGAUUUGCUUGAUUAAAUUAAGAAAUCAUGAAUUUAAUGCAUCGUGCCAUUUUACAUUGUUAAGGUGCAUAGUAAAGAAGUAAAUUUGAUAUUUGUUUAUCAAUACUUAUAUUUUCACAGGAUGUAACAUGAAUUUAAGUUAACCAUCAUGAUCAUAAUGAACGCAACUUUGUCCUUGGUCAUACCUUAGUUUAACUGGCUGUUUCAUGCUUUUGUAAAAAAAUUCUCUCACUAGAGGUAUGGUUUAUGCUAUUUAUAAAGGAUUCAGCCAUUCAAAUAAUGUAUCUAAAAAUGCUUAGUGGUAUUCAUUAUUGUGGAGAGAAUCAUGGUUUUGAUACUAAAUCAAUUUUGACAACAUGAAACCUCAAAAAGAAACAAAGGCAUGCUGCUAGUUAAAGUCCCUUUGCCUGCUAGUCUGCAUUUAUAAAUGGCACAUGCCAUCUUUAGCCUGAAACCUCAGUGAAUUCGUCAAGGAUUGUAUUUAGUGCUUCAUGCAUAGAUGCUUAGUUAUUCACUUGUAUGUAUUAGACCUGAAAUAUGAAAUAUUUUUCCAUUUUGUAAAGUGGUAAAAGUUGUUAUGGAUUGUCCUGUUCUAAAUUUGUAACCACCAUGGUAAAGGUGAACAAUGUUUUGUUGAUGUGCAGUGGAGUUCUUGGAAUAUUGUUAGUGAACUUAUCGUGAGCUCGAUCACUGGCAUUUGAAAAUAUUUCCGUUAUUUUUCUUGAUUACAUAUGAACUUGAAAGACCUGUACUGUGUUUGAUGCCCAGCGCCACUGAGAUCAAUGUUGUAAGAUGUUGUCUUGAAGACAGUACAGUGAUGUAAUAUAAAAGUGCCUCUACUGACUUGUUCUGAUAGUGAAAUUUUGUGUCAGCUUAUCACUAUUUUAGCUCUAUGCACAUUUCCUGAAUUUGUCUGUGAGUUUGCUUAUUUUAAGGUAGCAGUAUACUUUUGCUUGAAAUUGAUACCGAAUUCUGGGACAGUAGGGGUUCCAUGUAAUCCCUUUCCAUAAACAGGAUUGUGGUGACGUGAUGCAUAUGAAGUUCAUGCUCUACAUCUACAUGUAUUGUUGAAUGGCUGGCCCUCAAGGAACCUCCCCCAGCUCUUGUUAAAUACUCCACUAGCAGCGGUAACUGUGUCUGUGUCACAGAGCUGCAGUCUGUUUCAGAAAGUUUUCCAAAUAGAUAUCCGAUCCAAAUCUGCAUUACACCUUGUAUACUUCUGCAGAGGUUUGGAAUCAUGAUCUUAAGACAAAUGCAUCAUAUUCACAUCCCAACAUUUGCCUUAAAAUACCAUUAUUUUUCUAUCUGCAGCAGUAUAUUAACUUAUCAAAUGCAAAGUCAAGGUUACAAAUGUUGGCCAAAAUUCUGUACCCUCUGGCUGAGUCCAGUGUUACAAGUAUUCAGGAAGUUGCAUUAUCAAUGAUAUAAGUGCAAAUAUUUGAAAGCAAACAAAAACCAAUUGUGCUGCAUGUGAAUUACAUUUAUUUUAUGUAAGGGUUAAAGUGAAUUGUGCUGCAGAGUUAAAGUGAGGUGUGCUGUGGUAUGUUCCAAAUCUGGAAUCUGUGAGGAAAACACCAACGAAGAGACUGUUAGCUACUACUUCAUUUAUUAUCAAGAUCCACAGGUUCAGUUGUCAGGUCACACUUUUCCUUUAGAUAUAGUUGCAGUAUGUCAGGGAUACCUGUUCCUCCUAUUUGGCCCAAAGUCAGCAGCAAACAUUUAACGUUCGUAAAUUGGAAUCGAAAAAUGUCCAGUCAUUGUUAGUAUAUGUAAUUAGUACAUAAUUUUGGCUUUUGGAAGGUAACCUGUACUUCACUGAUAACAGGACCUGUGGAAAGAAAGAGAAUUUUGGCAGUUGCAUUGAAUUGCAAUCUCAGUGUACAGUGUCAAAAAACGUCUGCAGUGAAUGAAUUUGCAGCUUCUUUAAAAGUCCCUAUUUUUGACCAAAAUAUGGACUUUGCUCAAGGAACACAAAGUUUAGAAUCUUAUAUACAUAAGUCCCUGAAUGUAUGAUAUGUGAAAGGUUGAUUCAUCUGGGCCUCUUUGCACAAAGUGAUCUCGGCGCUUCAGCUAUUGUAGAUGUGCGUUAACAUAUGGCAUUUACGAUUACCUUAGUCCUAAGAUAGCGUUGCACAAUGUGGCCCAACUUUUCACUUUACGUCACAAUACAUCAAGUCAGAUCAAGUGUUCAGUUGUGUCUUGCAAUGCUUAUCUUCAAGGAAAACUGUAAUUGUUGGGCAGAUAAACAUUACACCAUUAAACGUCCCAUGCAAGACAUUUUAUUACUGCUUCAUUCAAUGUCACUUUCUUAUUCCUUUGUAAAACAAUCGCACUGGACAUUUCUAACGGUCGUCAUCUUGAGAACCAGUUGGUUGAUUGGUUGAAGUGUUAUAUUUCUUAUUGCAUAUCUAUUGAAGGGCAUUGGUAAAUUGUUUCUUCCACACAUUCGUGUUUCUUUUUAGCUGUUUGUUUUGUUUCUUUGUUUACUUCACCAAGAACACAUUUUGAUGUCUUGUUUAUUAAUCACAUGAUGUUGUUCAGGAUUGAAAAGUGUGUGUCACCAAGGUUGGUGAUCACUGUUGUUAACCAUGGUGGCCCACAGGUACUUUGAUGAGAAUCAAAGGACUCUUUGGAAAAAUUGUUUCUGACGUACAAAAUGUUUGAAGUUAUGAAUACUCAACAUUUUUAGAGAGGGAUCAAAUGUAAACUUGAUAUUACGGAUUUCACUUUCUCAGUAAGGUACACAUUCAUGUAAUACAAUGUAUUUGAAAUAAUAUUUAAUGAUGAUUCAGGUAAAAAAAUCACAAAUGUUUUGAGAUACCAGCCUGCUCACAUAGUAUAGAUUCCAUUGCUCAUUAAUUUUAGGUUGGGCAUGACUUCAGGCUGGUCAUUCAUAUUCUUGAAAUCAUCAAAGAUGCAGAAAAGCUGCAUGUAAGUAUCCAGGUGUUUAUCAAGCAACUAUGUCAUCUACCAAACGAAAUCAUUACCAGAUGGGUUGUAUUUAUCUGAUGUAGAAUGCUUGAUGUGUACUUAAUGGAGCAUGAGAGAGUUAUUCAUAUUGUCAACAUCACUUGUAGGCCAGUGGGUGGGUUGUCAGUUGUAUACUGCAUUUUAAAAGUGACACUCUUUGACAGUGGGGGAAGUUUUGUGUUAAAUUUUCAUGUUUAAUGAUACCAGAGUAUUUUCUUUUCAAGCCAGUGUCGAUGCAUUUAGAGUCCUAACCUAAGUCCUAUGGUGAUGACAGUUGCAUUUGUAUAUUUUAGAGUUGACGCUUAAAUUAUUUGGAUACUAAUUUAGUAACAUUGUUCAAUGCUUUUGUAUUUAUAUUGUAUAUUUUCCAUUGCCAAAAUGAAUAAUGCGCAUGAAGCAGGAAGUACUGUUGUUCAUCUUAAUGUCCAGUGUGUUACCUUGAUCCAAAGUCCCUUCUUCCUUGUGUAUGGAGAAUCACCCUAACCACUGACAGGCCAGACAUUGUGAUGUUAAGUAUUUUGUUGAUAAUCAGAUUAAAUAUUGGAAGUAUUUAUUUAUGAAAUGUUUGCUAUUUAUUCUACCAGUGUCUGUCUGUUACUAUGUGCUUCACCACCAUGUUGUCAUGGAAACAGAUGCUCUAUUUUGUAUCUAUGGUGGACUGGACCUUCAUAUUUUUGUACUAUUUGCAAUGCAAUAAAAUGUUAAAAACCA